AAACCAUGGAGGUCCAAAUUAAAGAGUUGGAUAAGAAAGUGCAGUCGGUUGACGAGAAAUUUCUGUCCCACGACCAUAGGGUUACAAAUCCGGAGAAGAAAAUUUCGGAACUGGAAAUCAAAGGUGGUCCGGUGCGAGUUCCUGAUAACACACUAAAAAUCAAACCUCCUGUAUUCGACGGCUCUACGUCAUUCAAUGCUUUCAAGUAACAGUUCGAGACAGUGGCUUCUAGAAAUUCGUGGAACGACAGCGACAAAGCGGUUGCAUUGAAGCGGUUGGCAUUGAAGGGCAGUGCUGCUGAUGUUAUACAGAGUAUUCCUGUCGCUUCUAGAAACAACUAUGAAGAUGUUAUUGCUGCACUGGAACGUAAGUACGGUGGCGAACAUAAACGAAACAUCUACCUUAUGGAAUUAAGGGGAAGAGUACAGAGGGCAAACGAGACGUUACAAGACUUUGCAGCUGAGGUGGAACGUUUGGUGCUAAUGACGUAUCCAGGAGAGGAUCGCCCAUUGCUGGACCGUAUGAAAAUCGAAACCUUUGUGAAUGGCAUACGUGACCCUGAGAUUAAGUAUGCAACAUAUGCGUCACCAAAAGCAUCAUUUUCCGAAACUGUGUCGUUUGCCCUUGCCCAAGACACGGCAAGAAUAGUUGUUAAGCCCCAGACCCACAAGAUUCGCCAACUGGAGACCGAAGGUUGCGAACCCAAAUCUCUCGUUAACUCGAUCGAAGACGCCAUGAGGCGGGUAAUAGAAGAGACAAAGUUAGUUGGGAUGACUAAGCCCAGGGUUAGAUGCUACAACUGCGAUAAAGCAGGUCAUAUUGCGCGCGAAUGCAGAGCUAAGCGCAAACGAUCCAGGUCAUCGUCACCACCUCCAACGAAAGAUGGUAGAAGAAUGGCCCAACAGUCCACCAAUGAGUCACAGUUAAACUAAAUCGAGCCAGUCCAGCGGGGCAUGAACUGGCUCCCAUCGACGAUGGCCCCACAAUCUCCAUAGCAAUAGUACAACAGGAAAGUCACAACCUAACAACAACUGGGUACAUCAAUGGUGAUAAGCGAGUUCUGACGUUAGAUACUGGCGCAUCAAAGUCCAUCGUAAGAUCAGAUCUGGUAAAGGGAAAAAUAACGCAACUUAAUGGAGUCAGACUGCGCACAGCAACGGGGGAGCCCGCGGCAGUACACGGCAAGAUUACCCUGAGACUAACUAUUGCCAAUAAAUCGGAGAAUUACGAGUUUAUAGUUGCCGAUAUCGUAGACGAAGUGAUAAUAGGCGCAGAUUUUAUGAUUGCCUUUGGUAUCAAUCUGGAUAUGAAAGAACGUGUGAUGACCUGGUCUAACGUCGAAAUUCCGUUAAACGUGGGCUACGAUGAAAGUACACCCAUUAGACGUCUGACCACGGACCAUCCAGAGAUAAUACCGCCCUGUGCCGAAGCAAUAAUAUGGGUACCAAUGAAUGGAGAUUGUGGAGCCGAGAAGUUGUGGGUGGUGGAACCAGCAGAAAACAGAAACAGUAACAUCCUAAUAGCGAAUGCCCUGGUGAAAAGCAACAAGGACGGAUUAAUUCCUGUUAGAGUUUUGAACCUGUCAAACAAGCAAGAGCAAAUUUGCCAAUUUUCCGAUGUUGGACAAUGCACACCAGCUGAAGCUGUAGUUAAUUUGGAAACUAGCACCGAAAAGCCAGCUGCCAUGGAGAAGAAGCGCCUCGAUGGCUACAUAAAAGAGUGGACACACCAAUUAUCACCUUCCGAGAGGAACAAGGCUAAGCAGCUAUUAUGGAAAUAUGCCUCUACCUUUGCGUUGACAAAAGAGCACCAAGGAAGAAGAUCAGUGGUGAAGCAUGAAAUCAAUACAGCAGACGCGAGACCCAUUAAACAGCCUCCAAGAAGUGUUCCCCUGGCAAAAAGAGACGAGGUUCAGAAGCUGAUAAGUGAAAUGGAAAAGAGUGGUGUAAUAGAACCAUCGUCAAGUCCAUGGUGCUCCCCAGUGGUCUUGGUCAAGAAGAAAGACGGAAGCACCCGAUUUUGUGUGGACUACAGAAAGUUGAAUGAUGUCACCAAGAAAGACAGCUAUCCGCUCCCAAGAAUCGAUGACACAUUGGACACAUUAGCCGUGACGUCAUGGUUCUCCACCCUCGACCUGCAGAGUGGGUACGGGCAAGUAGAGAUCGCCGAGAAAGAUAAGGAGAAAACAGCGUUUGGCGUAAAUGGGGGUCUCUGGCAGUUCAAUGUCAUGCCAUUCGGACUCUGCAACGCCCCGGCUACAUUUGAAAGGCUGAUGGAGCGUGUGUUAAAAGGGCUGCAGUGGAAGUCGUGCCUCAUAUACCUGGAUGACAUCAUAGUCAUGGGACGCAACUUCGACAAACACAUCAAGAACUUAAAGGAUGUUCUACAGCAGCUUUCGUCUUCAGGCCUCAAGCUGAACCCAAAGAAGUGCAGUCUCUUCCAACGAGAGGUGAAGUUCCUGGGGCACCACGUGACGCCGGAGGGCAUAUCGACGGAUAAGGAGAAAAUUCAAGCCGUCAGAGAUUGGCCGCAGCCCCGAAAUCUCCAUGAGCUGCGAAGCUUUCUGGGUCUCUGCACAUACUACCGUCGAUUUGUCCAAAAUUUUGCCAACAUCGCCGCCUGUCUACACCGUUUGACGCAAAAAGGCCAGAGGUUUCAGUGGGGCAACGACCAGGAGGAGGCAUUCAGAAAGCUCAAAGACAUGCUAUGCAGAGCCCCCAUUUUGGCAUACCCUAUACCUGGCGGCAAGUUUGUUCUGGACACAGACGCAAGUGCGUGCGGCAUCGGUGGCGUCCUUUCCCAGGAAAUCGACGGACAGGAAAAAGUCAUCGGGUACUACAGCCGGACAUUGUCGAAACCUGAGAGGAAUUACUGUGUGACGAGGAGAGAGCUGCUGUCCUUGAGUGCGUUAAACACUUCCACAAAUACCUAUAUGGCCAGCAUUUCCUGCUGAGGACCGACCACGCUGCUCUCCAAUGGUUGCUGCAGUUUAAGAAUCCGGAAGGUCAACUAGCCCGUUGGAUCGAGAGGCUCCAGAGUUAUGACUUCCGAAUCGAGCACAGAAAAGGCGGAAAACACGGUAAUGCUGAUGCCCUGUCUCGUCGGCCAUGCAAAGUAGAAUGCAAACACUGCUCAAAGGCUGAGAAUAAAGAGAAUAUCGUUGAUGUCCGACUAUUGCAAUUUGAGUCGGGUGAAGAUUGGUCGACGGAACAACGAAGAGAUCCCAUUCUGGGCAAAGUAAUUUCGGCCAUAGAAACGGGCAAACGACCUAGUCGCAAAGAAAUUACCUCCGAAAGCCCUCUUUUAAAAUCCUAUUGGGCCCAGUGGGACAGUCUACUUAUAAUAGAUGGUUGCCUAUAUCGCAAAUGGGAAAGUGAGGACGGUAAAUCUCACCGGAACUUGA